CAGCGGCAACUUGGAGGUCAGCAGCAGGGCGGACCUUUCAUGGGCCGCGAUUUCAUGGGUCAAGGCGCGCCGCCUAUGUCCCAAGCAUUGAAGCAACAGGCUUGGGUGGACGCUCAAACGAGGUGGAUGACGAAGUGAAACGUAUUGUGGAUGAACAGUACCAGCGCGGCAUGAAGCUCUUGAGAGACAACAUGUUUUUGCUGGAUGAGUUGGCAAAGCUACUCAUGGAGCAGGAGAAGGUCAGUGGUGAAGAGCUUGUGAAGCUUAUCAACAGAGCUGCGAUUGAUGGGAAGUUGACGGUGGACAACAAGCAGAUGGCCUUUGCCGCCUUCACAGGUGAGCAAGUGGACGGCACUCCAACAGGUUCGAAGCUCACCAGCAAGUGUCUUCCAUCUAUGACAUCUAUGACCCCCACUUCAAUGCACAAGGGCUUCUGUGGCUCGACCCUCCGUCCCCGCCAUGACCGUGCUGCUGCACGCAACGCGAUUGCCCGACUUGGGCUCGCGCACGAUGAGAAGGCUGUGAGCAGUGAGAAGGUUCUGCAAGAAGUUCAGCGAAUGGCAACUGAUGUCUCCAAUGGCACUGCUUUGCCAAGCCAGGUGGUCCGAACCGCAGCUGUGCAGACCUUGGUGUCUUUAGCUGCUAUGGCAGGUCCAUCUGCUGCAGUUGCUGAUGACGUGGCAGUGCCACAGAGCGUUCCGCAGCCCAUGACUCAGAUGCAAGCUACUGGCCGUGUCACCUAUUCUCGCUUCUUGGAAUUCGUCGAGGACGGUGCGGUGAAGCGUGUCGACGUGUAUGACACGGGCCGGACUGCUGUCGCUUCGGUGACUAUUGCCGGUCGUGAGCAGCAGCUGAUUUGCGAUUUGCCUCGUGCCAGCAAGGGGGUCAUCGACAGGCUUAUGGCAAAGAAUGUGGCCAUUGAUGUGCACCAACCGGACAAACCCAACCCGCUCUUCCGAGCUUUGGCUGAUGCGGCGUUGCCUCUGCUGACCAUCGGGGGUUUGCUCUUCCUGCGAUCGCAGAGCCCUGGUGCUGGUGGCGUCCCAGGACUUGGCAAUCAAGGGAAGGCGCAAAUCAUGAUUUCCCCUGACGCGGGAGUGAAGUUUGAGAACGUUGCCGGAAUUGAUGAGGCAAAGGAGGAGCUUACGGAGAUUGUCGAUUUCCUGAAGGCUCCCGAGCGUUUUGUGAAGGUCGGAGCCAAGAUCCCACGUGGCGUCCUGCUCACUGGGCCUCCGGGCACCGGGAAGACGCUCAUGGCCAAAGCUUUGGCAGGUGAGGCUGGUGUGCCCUUCAUCCAAUCCUCCGCCUCGGAAUUCAUUGAGCUGUUUGUGGGUGUUGGGGCCUCUCGCGUGCGCGACAUCUUCAAACAGGCCAAGGAGAAGGCUCCCUGCAUCGUUUUCAUCGAUGAGAUUGAUGCCAUUGGCCGACAGCGCGGUGCUGGCACAGGAGGUGGAAAUGAUGAGCGGAAGCAGACAUUGAAUCAGAUCCUGACCGAGAUGGAUGGCUUCGAGGGCAACAGUGGUGUCAUUGUUGUUGCGGCAACCAACCGCUCUGACAUCUUGGACAAUGCCUUGCUUCGGCCAGGGCGCUUUGAUCGCCGUGUCACUGUGGGAUUGCCAGACGUGAAGGGCCGUGAGCAAAUCUUAGAAGUGCACAUCCGAAAUAAGAAGCUUGCCGAGGGAAUCACCUUGACGGACAUUGCCAAGCGAACUGCUGGCUUCAGCGGUGCCGAUUUGGAAAACUUGAUGAACGAAUCCGCCAUCCUGGCAGCUCGACGCAACAAGAGCGCAGUAACCAUGGACGAGAUCAACGAUGCCACAGAUCGCGUCAUUGCGGGCCUUGAAGGGCGUCCCUUGAACAACAACGCUUCCAAGAAGCUCGUUGCAUACCAUGAAGCAGGCCAUGCCAUCGUCGGAUCUUUGCUGCCUCAUCAUGACCCGGUGAACAAGGUGACCGUCAUUCCCCGUGGUCAAGCAAAAGGCC